CUCUCUCAGCUCAGUUUUUGCUCUUUCUUUUGGUUUUGUUUUUGUGUUUUUUUUUCCCGAAUCAAUUUCACACACUUCACUGAAAGAAUGGAUUUUUUGGCCAACUAAUUUGCAAAGUUUUUUUCUUUUGGGUUGCUUUUGUUCCUUUAUAAAGUGGGAAUUUUGUGAUUUAUUUUUGUUGGUUUUUGGGAUGUUGAUGGGAGAGGUUUGAGUUUGAGAGAGUGAUGAAGGUGACGGGAAAAGCUAGUUUACGUGCGGCAUUCUCGGGUAGGAUUCCGACGGACGCGGAUCUCAAGCCGGCGAUGAAGCGUAAGACACGGAACAGGAGGUGGAAACGGGUCGGGGGUACGCCGGUUGUGGGGAGGCGGAGCAGGCCGGAGACGCCUUUGUUGAAAUGGAAAGUGGAGGAGAAAGAGAAAGGUCGUGGAGUUGAAGAGGAGCACGCGAAUGAGGAGGAAGAGGAGGAUGGCUGCAGGAGAGGCGGUGGUCGUGGACGUCGGAGGCAAAGUGCUUCGAAAGUGUCUGCGAGGAAGCUUGCAGCUGGAUUAUGGCGGUUGCAGUUGCAGUUGCCGGAGACGGUGGCGCCCGGUGGCGCAGGCAGGAGUGAUCGGUCAGGGUUCAAGUCUGGUAAAGAUUUUAUGGGUGUUCCAUUCCAUUAUCAUCAGAAGGAAAAGAAUCAUGGUUCAGAGGAUCCAUUACAGAGCCCAAGUUCGGUCUCUGGCGCAAAAAACGGCCUCCUGCGUAAGAUUGAGCCUUCAAUUCAAUUUUCAAACUCUGCAAUGGAGGGAGCAACAAAGUGGGAUCCUGUCUGCUUAAAAACAACGGACGAGGUACGGAAAAUUUACCACCACAUGAAGCGUAUUGACCAACAAGUAAGUGCUGUAUCAAUUGUUUCUGCCCUUGAAGCUGAGCUAGCACAGGCUCGGGCUCACAUUGAGGAGCUUGAGACUGAGCGCCGUUCCUCAAAGAAGAAACUUGAGCACUUCUUGAGGAAAGUUAGCGAGGAAAGAGCUGCAUGGCGGAGUAGAGAACAUGAGAAGAUACGUGCCUUUGUUGACGACGUCAAAGCUGAGUUGAAUCGAGAAAAGAAGAAACGCCAGAGGCUUGAAAUUGUUAAUUCCAAGUUGGUGAAUGAGUUGGCUGCUGCCAAGUUAUCGGCAAAGCGAUAUGUGCAGGAUUAUGAAAAGGAAAGAAAGGCCAGAGAACUCAUUGAAGAAGUAUGUGACGAGCUUGCUAAGGAAAUUGGAGAAGACAAGGCUGAAGCAGAGAAAAUUAAGAGAGAUUCCAUGAAGCUUCGGGAGGAAGUCGAUGAGGAAAGAAAAAUGUUGCAGAUGGCUGAGGUCUGGCGUGAAGAACGUGUUCAGAUGAAGCUCAUUGAUGCGAAGGUAGCACUUGAAGAGAGGUAUUCACAAAUGAACAAGCUUAUAGCAGAUUUGGAGACUUUUCUAAGGUCAAGAACUGGAAAUCUGCACAUGAAAGAAUUGCGAGAAGCAGAGUCACUAAGACAGGCUGCUCAGUCUGUUAAUGUUGAAGAAAUCAAGGAAUUUACAUAUGAACCCGCAAACCCAGAUGACAUAUUUUCGGUUUUCGAAGAUGUGUUAGCUGAAGCAAAUGAACGGGAAAUCGAACAAUGUACUGCAUACAGUACUGCCAGCCAUGCCUCAAAAGUUCAUACACCGAGUCCUGAGAUGAAAAUGAUGAAGAAAGACAGCAUGGCGAGACAUUCAAAUGCACAAUAUAAUCAGAAUGAUGAGAUAGAGGAAGAUGAGAGUGGGUGGGAAACUGUAAGCCAUUUCGAGGAUCAGGGCUCAAGUUAUUCACCCGAAGAAAGUGCUGCAUCUGCGAGCAAGAUUCACCGGGACAGCAAUUUCUCAGGUAGUGGAACUGAAUGGGAAGGAAAUGCAUAUGGGGAUACGCCAAACACAGAGACUAGCGAAGUUUGUUCAUUGCCUGCUAGGCAGUCGAAGGUGUUGUCCAUAGCAAGGCUUUGGAGGUCUUGCCCGAACAAUGGAGAAAAUUACAAGAUGAUCACGGUAGAAGGAGCGAAUGGCCAGGUUUCAAAUGGAAGAAUGUCUAACGGCGGUAUUGUAUCCCCAGAUCGAGGAUCAGGUAAAGAUGGUUUUAGUCCCUCAGUGGGACAGUGGAGCUCUCCCGACUCUAGUCAUCCACACAUAAUGAGAGGGACGAAAGGAUGCAUUGACUGGCCUCGUGGCGCGCAGAAGAAUAGUUUGAAGGCAAAACUUUUGGAGGCAAGGAUGGAAAGCCAAAAGGUCCAACUACGGCAUGUUCUUAAACAGAAGAUUUAGAUGUUGAUUAGUGAUUUCAACAGAUAGGUUUCCACCUGAAAUAAGUAAUAUAUACACGAGGCAACUUCUGCUGCUAGUUCGGAAUUGCUUAAAAAGUUGGAGCAUCUGAAUACAAAACACCCUGUUACUCCCAUAGAUUAUCCGAUUUUCCAGUUAUCGAGUUCUUGCUACUUUAGCCAGAUGAUGUUCCUCAUGAAACAGGUUAGUUGGCUCCUUUUAUCUGUAGCUUGUAAUUCUACAUGGUCUAUGUUAUAGAGAAAGCAAUGCAUGCCAUUUGUAUUGCAUCACUCGAUGUUAUCAAGGAAAACAAUU